GCCGCUCAACGAGCCUUGUGAGAGACCUAUAAAUACCUUGUAGAGUAUCGUCCUAGGUGAAAGGGUAUAUGAAAGGUCUGGCUUCUACGGCAAGACGUGUUUCCAGCUCAGCAUUGGUCACAGUCAGCCCGAUCCCUCUCCUUCCAUGAUGCUGUUCCCCUCCGUCCGAAAUGUCGGUCUUUUAGUCCUAGGGACCUUGAUCGCAGUCAACCCUACACUCGGUAUUCCUUACGAUGUUUCGGAACCCUUGGACCCGCUUGGCCCGCUCAGAGUCACUCUUGACUAUGGCCUUGCGACAACGUGGCCGAACCCGCAGGACGUCCACAUUAACACCGUCCAGCGCAAUUGGCAAUAUAGCAGCCACAUCGUGUUCGCGAGUCGAGUCGGGGAUUCGGACGAGAGUAACCCUCCAAUCUCAGACGGGCAGCUGUGGCAAAUCGCGCGAGAUGCCGUCGAUGAAAUGAUCAACGACCGAUUGCAGUAUGGCACCCAUGAAUUUGCACAACCGAGAGCCAUGUCAAUUCUAGCCUGGGGCAACGAAAUCAUCCUUGCCUCCUCUAUGAAAGGAGCGGGCUCUUUCUCCUAUGACUUUCUUGGCGGUGACACGCCGGUCGGCAGAAGUCUUCAGCAAUGCCAGAUAGUCUGGGGAGAUACCCCUGGCCACGAUCCCACAACGAUCCACAAGAACAGGGGUAAUUGUGCAGAGCCUAUGGCGGCCCAUCUAUACUAUAAAAACAACGCGAUCAACUUGCAAGAUCAAAAAGCGAGGGUUGGUACAUGGGUCAAAGGGUCCAAGGGUUGGCAAAAGACAGAUCCAUGUGAAACUAACGGCGUGGACUCAUGGGGCUGCAAUCUUUUUACCGCAAAUCAGGGGCUGAAGGUCUUAGAUAGGGAAACGCCGGAGGAGCCCUACACCCUAGCAAACCUUGCAGGAGGCCCGACUAUUCAGAACCAGAUUCAGUUAUGCGGGGGUCAACCCAGAGUGUUUGCUGGCUAG